AUGGUGCAGCUGGAUCUGGUCCGUGCUAGAUAUGAUUCAGAGUGCCCUCUGGACCUCGGCAGGCUCAUCGUGGGCGAGGUGAAUGAGCUGCUAAAGAUCGACAACCGCCGCCUGAACCCUGGACUGACGGCUAUUGUGGAGCUGCAAACGAGCAACGAUGCACUCACAGCCUAG